AUGUCAGCAACAACACAGAAUGCUCCAACUACACCAACUCCGAUGGAUGGUGUACAACAUGCAAUUUCACAACAACAGCAUCAACAUCCAAAGACUGUAGAAAAGAAUAAGUCGACUGCAGAUCCACAGAGCAAGUCACCAGCAACUGGAUCACCAAGUACUGGCCGUGCAAAGUUACAAUGGACAAAGUCUCAGCAGGAUUUGAAACUGCCAACGGUGGAUCGUGUGGUGUCCACCGUCAAGUAUCCACGUGCAGAACCACUCGAUCACAAUGUCCUCUUCAAUCCAGACAACACAAUCAAUUUGGUGAAGCUCCAGGAGCACUUCUACAAUGAGGGCCGUCUUCAUCAUAUUGACAUCAAGGAGAUUGUGGAGCGAGCUGCCGAGAUAUUGGAGAAGGAGCCGACAUUGGUAUGUGUCGAUGCGCCUAUCACAGUGUGCGGCGAUGUACAUGGCCAGUUCUACGACCUGAUCAAGAUAUUCGAGAGCGACAUUGGAGGCAACCCAGCCACCACCAACUAUCUGUUCCUGGGCGACUAUGUCGAUCGUGGAUACUUCUCAAUGGAGGUCAUCCUCUAUCUCUACUCUUGCAAGAUCAACUAUCCAAAGACAUUCCACAUGCUACGUGGUAACCAUGAGUGCAGACAUCUUACCGACUACUUUACAUUCAAGGAAGAGUGUCUACACAAGUACUCUGAGGAGAUAUAUGACUUUAUCACAGAGUCAUUCAAUGCAUUGCCUUUGGCGGCACUGAUGAAUGGCAAGUUUCUCUGUGUCCAUGGUGGACUAUCUCCAGACAUCAAGAAUCUUGAUGAUAUAAACAAUAUAGAUAGAUUUAAGGAGCCUCCAUCAACAGGCCCAAUGUGCGACCUGUUGUGGGCAGACCCAAUGGAGGAGUUCAAUGCUGAUGUCCGUGAGCACUUUGUGCCAAAUGAAGUCAGAGGUUGUUCAUACUCAUACAGCUACAGAGCGGUGUGCGCAUUCCUACAGAACAACAAACUGCUGUCUGUCAUAAGAGCACAUGAGGCUCAGAACACUGGAUACAAGAUGCAUCUUCAGAAUGACGCCACUGGAUUCCCAGCAGUAAUCACCCUAUUCUCUGCUCCAAACUACUUGGAUGCAUACAACAACAAGGGGGCAGUAUUAAGAUACGAGAACAAUGUUAUGAAUAUUAGACAGUUCAAUAGUAGUCCACAUCCAUAUUGGUUGCCAAACUUUAUGGAUGUAUUCUCUUGGUCAAUGCCAUUCGUCUCGGAGAAGGUGGCCGAGAUGUUGUUGGUGUUGCUCAAUCUGUGCGAUGACGAGGAGGCUGAGCGCCAGGAGAGCACAAAGGUGGUGGACGUCGAAGAGGAAAAGCGCAAGCAAAUGCUACGUGCCAAGGUGCGUUCCGUGUCAAAGAUAAUGCGCAUGUUUACAAUCCUGCGACAGGAGAGAGAGACGAUCAUGAUGAUCAAGAGCUUCACGCCGUCCAGGACCAUCCCCCAGGGUCUGCUCACAGAGGGUCCCGACGCGCUCAAGAAGGCUCUGGGCGACUUUGCCAAGGCCAGAAGAAUGGACUUGGUCAACGAGAAGCGACCGCCCGUGUUGGAUCGCGUUAACAGUCGUGGUGAGCUGCUGAGAAUGAACAGUCGUGGCGAGCUCUUCCGUAUCAACAGUCGUGGUGAGUUGUUUAGAAGCAACUCCUAUGCUGAUCUAAAGCCUCCAACUGGUCCACAAGAGACAAUCCACGUUACGGAAGCCAAAUCAUAG